CGUAGUUGCCUCGUCCACUUUACGUCGCAUCUUCGAACGCGGAGGAAAAAUGCCGGAUCCAGCGAAGUCUGCCCCUGCACCAAAGAAGGGCUCGAAGAAAGCUGUCACGAAAGUACAGAAGAAAGAUGGCAAGAAGCGCAAGCGCAGCCGCAAGGAGAGCUACUCUGUCUACGUGUACAAGGUGCUGAAGCAAGUGCACCCGGACACCGGCAUCUCCUCUAAGGCCAUGGGAAUCAUGAAUUCCUUCGUGAAUGACAUCUUCGAGCGCAUCGCAGGUGAGGCUUCCCGUCUGGCGCAUUACAACAAGCGCUCGACUAUCACUUCCCGGGAGAUCCAGACGGCGGUGCGCCUGCUGCUGCCGGGGGAGCUGGCUAAACAUGCCGUGUCGGAGGGCACCAAGGCCGUCACCAAGUACACCAGCUCCAAGUGAAGUGCACCAGAGACGUGAUUGAUCGGCUUUACCCAAAA